AUGCGCGAGUUUUUAAGGAUCACUUUGGUGUGUUUGUGUGCUAUCCUCUUGGCGGUACAUGAUGGCAGGUGUGAGGAAGACGUGGUCUCAUCGGAUGCUACUAUAGAAUCUGAAGCAAUCACGCGAUCUGAUGAAGCUGAGCAAAGGAAGGACAGCAGGAGCACUUUCUUAACAGGCAGCGUAAGAAAAACGACAACGCAAAGUAAUGCUAACACAACAAGGGACUCACAACUGUUGUCACUGCUCGCCGCCAGACGGCGACAGCUACUAACUGGAAGGCUGACAACACAUAUCAAUACACUAGCUACGUUAGCACAUAAACCACACAAGGGAAAUACAACAUUUGCACAGCUUGAAAUUCGUGAUUCAAACAGUUCCAUUGUGAAGCGAAUAACGUUUGACAAUUCCAGUAAUGAAUUAUCCCCAACAUUAAGAUUAGUAGCUUCUGACGGCGCAAAGGAAAUACGACAAGAUGUUAAACCACACGAGAUUAGGCAUUUAUUCAUCCCGAGAAUAUACCAGGAUAAUAAAAAUAGGGCUGGAUUCAUAAACAAUAGGAAAAAGGACUUAUUUAAUAUCAAUAAAACAGUUAUUAAUACUAUUUCUACGACAGAAAGCGGAGUAGUUUAUGUUCCACCAGAUAAAUUAGAGGGUUCAGAAAAAGAAGUUGAUUUAGAUCCAGAUGAAGAAUUUCAGGUAGAUGAAUCCAAUCAUGGAUUGUACCUGCUUAAUUAUUCGGACGUAGAAAAUGUAACACAGAACCUACUUACUGUAACUGAAAUAAAGACGUCUAAUGAUAUUAAAGAAAAAUAUAAUACAACACCUUUCAGUGAGUCUACUACACCAGAAGUACUAAUUAGUAACGUUACACUUGAUGUAAACGUACACUUUAAAGACGAAAAGCCAGAAGCAAACACAAUUGCUAAUAGCACAGAUAUCCAUAGUAAUAUUAAUAUUAAAAACGAAAGUGAUAAAGGAAAUCAAACUUUAUUUAUGUCAGAUGAGAUUUAUAAUCAUUUUCGACCGCUUGAAACAGAACUGCCUGAUGAUGAAAUGGCUCCUUUUAUAUUUUUUGGACAGAAAUUAGGUGGCCCAAUUAUUAGCGAUAACCUAACGAAUUCUCCAUCAUUUUCAGCAUCAACUAAAUCAGUUAAUUUUAUAGUAGCACCUCCUGAAAAGCGAAAAUUUAAUUCAAGGUAUUCAGCAACUGAAAAAUAUAAAAGCACAAAUGCAGGAGAAGACGAAAUUAAUGAAGAUAUGGACGUUUCAGUUGUGAAAAAUAUAAUAGAAAAAAAUAAAAUUAGAAAUACUGUUAAAGGCCCUGCACCAGCUCGAUCUGUUGGCUUAGUUAAUGCGUAUCGAAAAUACUCCAGUACUACACAAACAACACCAAAAUCACCUAAUAUAGCAGAAUUAAACGUUACUGAACCAGUAGUACAAAACGUGACCCCUAGUUCUUUUGGCAAUACGACUACCUACAAUGACACGCUCAAGGAAAGUGUAAAAAAUAAUGCAAACAUUACAAAAGAAGCUUUGUCUAAUAGAACGACUACUGUUUCAACACCCAAAAACUUUACUAGAAGCUAUUUUAAUUUAAGGAGGCGUCCUUCGAAAGCAUCUGCAUCAAGCACUGAAAGUGUAGCAACGACAACAAUAAACGCUACUACAGAAAAGACUUCUACCUCUGUCUAUACAGCAGUUGUUACAUCUGUGUCCAUAACAUCGUCUAUGAAAGGACAAAAUAAAACUGACACCAUGAAGGGAUCGGAAAAUGACACAAUUGCUGACAUUGUAAAUGAUAAUAUUAAUGCUACCGUACCGAAAGCUGUCUUGAUUAAUGAUAAUGAAACCUCUACUAUUCCACCUACGACAGUUAGACCAUACAGACAUAGAAUUAGGAUACGAACUACAACGACUGAGAGUAGUGUCAAUUCAAAUUCCGUUCAAACUCUCCCGGCUGUAACACUAAAGCCUAAUCCAUUAAUUGGUGAAUUUAAAACAAAAAUCCCAGACACGCAAGAAACAACGUCGUCGACGUUGUCUGAGCAAUUAGCGAGCUUAUACCCUAAGAAAGAUUAUGAUAAUUCUUAUGUAAGCACAGCCAAACCGAAAAAUAUUUUAAGAAGGCGAAGACCGACAACUACCACUACAACUACUACAAAGUUGCCAACGGUAACAACAAAUGAAAACAUACUUAUUCCUACGAUUUCAAUACCAACAACAACUGUAUCACCAGUUUCAACAUCUACGCAAGGAGUAGUCAUAGCAACCGUAUCAUCAAUUGAUACUUCAAAAACAUCAUUGGUACCCGGAGCCGCGUCUGAUUUCAUUUCAAAAAACAUGUCCAAAAUAGAAAAUAAUACGACUGUGGUCAAUAUAACGAGAGGAAAAAAUACAGAUAACGUGGCUCAAAACGAAGAAGUCGUGAUAGAAGCUGAAAAAACUUACACAGCUUCGUAUGUUUUGGCUGGUCUUGGAUUUCUUCCUGUAGGAGCAGUCAUUGCGUUCUUCUUGCGAAACUUUUUAAAUAAAAAGACCAAGGAAAUUGACACAGAAUAUGAAGGGUACUUUGACGACGGUGAAAUCAAGAAAGAAUCACCGAUAACACCAGUAGCACGUCCGCCUAUUCCUCCCCCAAGUAAACCGGACCAAAAGUGGGAGUUCCCGAGAAAUAAACUUAGAUUGCAAACAUUGCUGGGCGAGGGUAACUUUGGACAGGUAUGGAAAGCUGAAGCUGAUGAUCUAAAUGGUCAUGAUGGGUUAACGCGAUUGGUGGCGGUGAAGACGAUUAAGGAGUCAGCAUCUCAAAAAGAGAAGCAAGAGUUGUUGCAUGAGAUCUACAUUAUGCAAAAGAUUGGAACACACCCCAACGUUGUGACGCUGCUCGCUUGUUGUACAGAACAAGAGCCCUAUCUUCUCAUAAUGGAGUAUGUAAUGUGCGGCAAAUUACUGACCUACCUUCGCGCCCGGCGGUCACGGCCCGAUCGCUUCGGCGGCGGCGGUGCACUCGCCUCUCGAGACCUCACAGUUUUUGCUUAUUGUGUCGCUCGGGGCAUGGACUAUAUAGCUUCUAAAGGGAUCGUGCACCGCGACCUCGCGGCGCGCAACGUGCUGGUGGACCACAACAAGCUGUGCAAGAUCGCGGACUUCGGCAUGUCGCGCUGCGCGGGCGGCGGCGCGCGGGCGGCGCGCGGCGCGCUGCCGGUGCGCUGGAUGGCGCCCGAGGCGCUGCUCUACAACGUCUGCAACCACCAGACCGACGUCUGGGCCUUCGGCAUCCUGCUCUGGGAGAUCGUCACAUUAGGGUCAACGCCAUAUGCAGCCAUGUCGGGACGAGAAGUGCUAGCUGCCGUUACUGAAGGAUACCGUCUAGAGAGGCCACCUCACUGCAAGCCGCAACUAUAUCGCGCCAUGCAUUCCUGCUGGCAUGCCGACCCCUCUCAAAGACCCACCUUUGCUUCCCUUAAAGCGCAAUUAGCCGAACUACUCGAUAAUGAACCAUCCGAAGGGAAUUAUGUGGAUCUUGAUUCUUUCUAUCAAGAAUCAUCUGUGUACAGCGACCCAUCGGCGAUUAUUAACGACGAAGAUGGCCUUUCAGCGGAAUAUGACAGGGAAAGGAGAUGCUUUAGAGAAUUGGCGAAUGGUCCUUCAAAGUUCGACAACCGAGCUUUUAAUCUUCGUGAUGAAGAACUCAGAAACAAAUUCGGUAUCGGUACGCCAAGAAUGGGUGGUUUCGGAAUCCGAGACGUCACUUUCAACGAUCGAAAUUUCUCCGAUGGGGAAUUCAAUGACAGGAAAUUCCCCGACAAAAAUUUCACUGACAGAAAUUUCACCGAUCAAAAUUUUAACGAUCCGAAUUUCACUGAACGCAAAGAUGGAAAACUCUCCACAUCCAGUUUUCACAGAGAGAGGGAACGUGAGAACCCACUCGUCAGCAGAAACAGCUUUAACGGUUUCCCUCGAGUUGGUACGAGAGAAAACCAUUUUCAAAUCAACCCGGACGGACGAAAUAAGCGAGUGUCCGAAUUUGAAUGCGACAUUUGA